CUCCUAGUGGGGUCAACUGUGCAUGCAAAAUGCAGUCAGGCCCAAGUAACCCUGCAUCAGUGGCCCACAGUCCUAACUGUAUCAUGUAUUUAGGGGGAGAGGGAGACCGCAUCAAGGUUGCACAGGGAGUCAGUGGUUCCAUUGUGGAUAAGGGGUCCAUCCUAAGAUUUCUGCCAUACUUGGUGUGUGGCAUUCAGCAUGGCUGUCAAGACAUCGGUGCUAAGUCAUGCUCAAUGCUCAGGUUAGUGUGUUCUUAUGCUGAAGCCAGGAGAGCAAAAACAGCCUGAAAAAUCAUCCGAUAGUUUGUUGUUUACUUCUGUAAUUCAUCCAUUAACAUGAUCAGUGAGUUCAUACAUCUGUCUAAAAUACUCAUUCAAGCACAAAUAGAAAUAUACAAUCACACGCAAAAAAAAUUA